AUGAUAGGAAAGCAAGAAGGGCUUAAAGGGUACUGGAAAGGCAACCUUCCUCAGGUGAUACAUGUCAUACCUUAUAGUGUAGUCCAGCUGUUUGCAUAUGAAACCUACAAGAAACUUCUUAGGGGGAAGGAUGGUGAGCUCUCUAUUAUUGAAAGACUCACUAUUGGUGCUUUUGCUGGCAUGACUUCAACUUUUGUAACAUACCCUCUUGAUGUCUUCAGGUUAAGAUUAGUUGAUGAGCCUGGGUAUAAAACAAUGUUUGAGGUUGCCUUGAACAUGCUAAGAGAGGAGGGAGUUGGGUCUUUUUAUACUGGCCUUGGGCCUUCUCUUAUUGCAAUAGCACCUUAUAUUGCUGAUGAAGAAGUCUUUGCCAGAGAAGUAUCAAAAGAGGACUGA